UUUUCACCACUCCAAAACCAACAACUUGUUGGAUAAAUCUCUCAGAAACAAUCAAUCACACUUCCUCUUUAACCUGCCAUUGUACAAUCUAUGAAUAUAACACAUUGUGUUCAGUUAGCAGUAGAUUGGAGUGAGUGACAUGCAGCACUAGCCACUUAAAGGAGAGAGACAAGAUAAUCCCUCCUUUAUAAGCUUGAGUGUAAUGAGAUUUGGGAGUUUUGGGAGAUUUGCCAGUACUCGCUGCCCUUUCCAUCCAUGCUUGGCCCAUGUGUGAAGCUCCCUGGUAGCACUGCCUUGGAUUCAGUUGACCCAUAGCAUGGAAUGCAAAUCAAGACAUCCCAUUAGGAAGUUCUGGGCAAAAUUCCCCUGUCGUCUUUUUGUCCUCUCCAUUUGAGCAAGUGGUCUAGCUUGCCCCAGCAAGAGAGAGCGAGAGAAAGCUUUACUAUCAACGUUUUGGAAAGCUUCUUUCUGUUGGACAGCAACACAAGAUCUUGGAUCUGGACAUGUUUUGCAUUGCUAAAGUUGGAACCCCUUGCUCACUUUCUGUCGAAAAGUAGGCCAUUGUUUGGGAGCUGUUUUGGACCCGAUGGAGGAGGACAGUAAACAAUCACAGAGUUAAUGCUCAAGAAAGAGGAAAUCCAAAGCCUGAAUUCCACUGGAUUCAUUGCCCUGCCUAGCCUUCUCUCUGUGUGUUUGCUUAUGUGCAUAUCUGACAGCAGAUGGGAGUUUGACUCUGUUUGUGUGUGUGUGUGUAUGUGAGAGGGAAUGCAAGAUUGAUUGCGUUUCUGUAGGAGGCUGCAUGUCAGUGUAGAGCCUGAAAGAAAGAGUGAAAUUGACUGUUUUUUGUUGUGUGCGGGUGAGUGUGCAUAGUCCAUGCUGUAUGUAAAGUGAGGGGUUAAGAAAGAUUGACAAGAGGGAGAAGGCAAACACGGCCCUCUCUGCCUCAGGGUGCGGGUGGAGACUCUGCAGCAAGUCCCUCCAGGCAGGAGUCUGUACUCUUCCCUCACUGCCCCUCUCGCUCACCCACAAGGAGACGCAUACAUGAGGGAGGAGAAGACAGAGGGAGUGGCGUGUGAGCAGUCGGCUCUUUUCCUCUAAACUGCACAGAUGAGCGCAGUAUAACGGUCAGUCAGUCUGUCACUCAAAAAGUGUCGGCCAAGACCUGACACAGCCUCUCAUCUUUUGCGCUUUGCACUGUCGCUGUCUCUGGAAACUGAGGAAGAGGAGGUAGCUUGUACAGGACACGCCUGGGUUUGCUCCAGUCAACAGGAUGCAUCUGGUUCCAGAGUCCAUUGAGGAGGCAGUGAUGAAGAUGCUACCUUAUUUUGUGGAGAAUGCUGUGCUGACCCAGAGCGAGAUACACCGCAUCCUGAGCGAGAGCUUCUUUAUGGUGAAAGGUGCUGCACUCUUCCUUCAGCAAGGCAGCAGUCCCCAGGGCCAAAAAGCACAUCCCCACCACAAACAUGCAGGCGACUUACCUCAGCACCUGCAGGUGAUGAUAAACAUUCUUCGUUCAGAGGACAGAAUCAAACUGGCGGUGCGUUUGGAGAGCGCAUGGUCGGAUCGCGUGCGGUACAUGGUGGUGGUGUACACCAGUGGGCGACAGGACACAGAGGAGAACAUCCUGCUGGGAAUGGACUUCACCAACAAGGACUGCAAAAGCUGUUCCAUCGGCAUGGUGCUGCCUCUGUGGAGCGACACAAAGAUCCAUCUGGAUGGAGAUGGGGGGUUUACUGUGAACACAGCAGGUCGGACUCAUGUCUUCAAACCUGUGUCAGUACAGGCGAUGUGGUCAGCUCUGCAGGUCCUGCACAAGGCAUGUGAGGUGUCCCGCAGGUACAACUACUUCCCUGGAGGCAUGGCCCUCACCUGGAUGGGCUACUAUGAGAGCUGCAUCACUUCAGAGCAGAGCUGCAUCAACGAGUGGAAUGCCAUGAAAGACUUAGAGACCACGCGGCCAGACUCGCCCACCAUGUUUGUUGACAAGCCUUCAGAGAGGGAAAGGACAGAGUGCCUUAUUAAAGCCAAACUCAGAAGCAUUAUGAUGUGCCAGGAUCUGGAGAAUGUCACCUCCAAACAGAUCCGCAUAGAGCUGGAGCAGCACAUGAACUGCAACCUGAAGGAGUACAAAGAGUUCAUCGACAAUGAGAUGCUGCUGAUCCUGGGUCAGAUGGACAAGGCCACGCUCAUCUUCGACCACCUCUACCUGGGAUCCGAGUGGAAUGCAUCUAAUUUGGAGGAACUGCAGGAGACAGGGGUGGGAUAUAUCCUCAAUGUCACCAGGGAGAUAGACAACUUCUUUCCAGGCACAUUCAGUUAUCACAACGUACGUGUUUACGAUGACGAGACCACUGACCUGCUGGCUCACUGGAAUGAGACGUACAACUUCAUCAUUAAAGCAAAGAAGAACCGCUCCAAGUGUCUGGUCCACUGCAAGAUGGGCGUCAGUCGGUCUGCCUCCACAGUCAUUGCUUACGCAAUGAAAGAGUAUGGCUGGUCACUAGAGAAGGCUUACAACUUUGUCAAGCAGAAAAGAAGCAUCACACGACCCAACGCUGGUUUCAUGAGACAGCUGGCGGAGUAUGAGGGUAUCCUGGAUGCCAGUAAACAGCGUCAUAACAAGCUGUGGCGUCCAGACCCAGACUGUGAGAUGACAGAGGGGCAGCAGGGGAUGGCCCAGUGUUGUGGAGGGGAGGAGGCGGGUCAUGUGACCCCGGAGCCAGGGAUGUCGCCCUGCUGUGAGGAGGCCCUGUCUGACAAGGGUGCGGCAUGCCUCACCCCAUGCAGGACUGUUGCACUAGAGAUAGACCCCGCCUACAACAACUACUACUUCCGCCGGCUCUCUGACUCGGCCCUUGACAGUGAACCAUCAACCCCUGUGCGCGGUCCUCCGCUCCUGAACAUGGACAAAGUCUUCAUAGAAAUAGAGGAUGUGGAGCGGGAUGCCCUGCUGGAUGAUGAGGCCUUUGAGGGGCGCGAAGGCCUGCCGUUACCCCACUUUGGACCCACAGGGGAGGGCACAGCUGCACAGACCUGCAGUCGUGGUCCUGAGCCACUGGAGGAGCUGCGUCUGAGGCUUGAAUUUAGCACAGUAGAAGAGGAGGAUGAAGAGGAGGUACAGAAGGAGGAGGCAGAGAUGGAGGUGCUCAUGCAGCCUGAUGGUGGAGGGGGUGUGGGAGGAGGCGGUGAAGAAGAAACCCAAGAUUUGGAUGUAGAAGGGGAUGCAGAGGGAAAUGGGAUGGAUCUGGCAACCAUGAAUGAGAAUUCCAACAACAACAACCACUUCAGCACCCCACAUAACCUCAAUAAAAAUGUUCCUUCAAACCCUCAUCCAGUUGAUCCUUCUGCACUGUCUUGGUGGGAUGAUCAGUCCAAGCAGAAAGAAGACAGUCCGGCCCUGGUUGCUAAGCUUUGCCUUAACCCCAAUCCUCUUGAAGACCCAAGUGCUUCAUGUUUGCUGUCCUGUACCUCUUCUGAUGGCGUAGUUUCCUCAGCAGGACUGCUGUGCCCACGUAGCCCUCUGUGUGACCGUGCCAAUUGUGCUGCCUCACCUUCUACAGCUCUACCUGACACUGACAGAGAGGGGAGGGCUGGACACUCACUGCAUUCAACGGAGCCUGAGGAUAGUGGUGAGUUGCUGGAAGUAGUGACUAAAAGUGAAGAUCGGCAGUCCCCAGGAGCCUCUGAGGCUCUCCCUGAGUUGAUGAAAAUGGAUUCUGAGGAAGAGAAGCCUGCAAUGGCCUGCUACCUUGGUCAGCAGCAGGAGACCCUGCUGCAACUGCAGAGGUCUGGGCUGGUCCGCCGCCAGGCAGAGAGACUAGAGAGGCUCUCAGGUUUAUCCCAGGAGGGACUCCCUUCUCUGCAGCCUUUUCAUGCAUGCCGAGAGCCCAAGAAGAGCUCUUUUCACAAACAAGAGGAAGAGGAGCUGUCAGGGUUCUCCGGGGACUUCCCUAAAUCUUCUACGCCAUGCCAAGUGCGGCUAGAGCCACUGGUGGUGCCACUGACCAAUGACGCCUUGUUGGGGGUGGUGGGAUCUGGGUUGCUCACCCCCACCUCCUCUCCUCACGGCUCCACCCUCACACGUAGCUCCAGCAGUGACAGUCUGCGCAGUGUGAGGGGGAAACCUGGCCUGGUACGUCAAAGGGCACAGGAAAUAGAGGCCCGCAUGCGUUUGGCAGGCCUAACAGUGCCCUCAAGGCUUAAACGGUCCAACUCACUGGCCAAGCUGGGCAGCCUCAACUUCUCCUCGGAGGAUCUGUGCUCUGCCUGCUCCUCAGACGCAGGCACCCUCCUGCUCCUCUCCCUGUCCCCAGAGCCAGACCCUAGCCCAGAGUGGGACUGCCCCACCACCUCCGCCCAGCCUCGGCCUUGCAAGGACUGGCACACUCCAGAGAGGGCGCUACCAGGAGAGCCCAGAAGCUGACAGGAACAAUGGAGAUAUGCUCCUGCACCCAUCCCUUCAUCUCUCACUUUGGGGAGACUGAAAAGGUUGGACAGAUUCUGGAGAGGGGAGAGAGAGAGUUGAUGACAAUGUGUGUGCCAGUGUAAUUGGCAUGUCAAUUAAUGGAGCCUGCAAAAAACAAUGCCAACCUUUGUUAGGAGGAGUGUUCAGUGUUGUGCCCAGAAACACACUCCUUUGCCACUUUGUUUCUGAUAACUGCUGUUCACAGUGAUGAGUCAUAUUGCUGUAUCUGACAAGUGUGUAAAGCCAUCAAUUCACCUCUAUCUUGGUUUGAUCCAUGGACACAAAAGUGCCUUACCUGUGAGACCAGAGGCACAGAGCUGUGUUUAGAGCUGCAGUAUGAGAGGGUGGAGGACAUUCUACAACCCUUUACAGUCUAUUUUAAGCUGUUAGUUCCUGGUAUCUACCAAAUUAUGGUAUGGUAACCAUUGGCACUUGCAUUAUUUUUACUUGUCUGGUACAUAGUGGUACAUUGAGCAACCUGAGUCACUCAGUGAGUCUUGGAAGAAAGCAAAGUGUUAAAUAAGUAAUUGUAAAGUCGCUUACCACACAAUUUAUGAUUAGAUGCGCGAGGGCUGUAAAAUAAAGAGUUACCUCAUGGUACAUUCAUGGAGCAGUUCUUUCUCAGACAAACACUGGGCUAGAGUUUUAAUUCAGUUCAUUUAUUGAUGUUGUCAAGUUAUGUGAGGAAAUUCAUUUUGAACCCAUAUUACUGCAGAAAUGUGUGUUGAUGCAUUAAUGCAUAACUGUAUGUGAGUGAAUGGGAUGAGUGUAGAGAGAAGGUUUGGGCUUUCUCUUGCCAGAGGCACGUUCACUGUUUUCAAAAAACAGGACAGAAACAUUUCUUAGUUUGUGGUUACUUUGCACUGCUUUUAAUGAGUGGAUACUGGUACACAACAAGCUAUCUUCCAAAAUAACAUUAGAAUAAUGUUAUUGACCCCAUCAUUCCCUACUAUGUUUUUCGGGAAUACACGGUGAGGAGUCACGCUGCAUGGCUUGGAAUCAUCUUAUAAUGCGAGCACCUGUGGUGACAAAAGCGUAAUAUUUUGGCAGUCAAAUCAUAUAAUAUGAAACUUAAUUUUUUCCCCCAAGGUUAAAGCCUUCUGAACAUCUUUGAUAUGAUAUAAAAACAAACAAAAUAUUCAAAUCCAGAUCUUCUGUACCUUAUCAUAUUGUGUUAAUCCUUGGGGAUUGCCAACAUUUAAAACUCAUUUGUGCUCUUUGAAAUAUGGAAGACCAAAGUCCCAUGGCUGUCCCAACAAAUUGGAUACAUCAUUGAAGCUGUACAAAAUAUGUGAAUCAUAUUGUCAAUCAUGUAGUAUUUAAACGCUGUUAUACCUUUUUUGCACCUUUGGAAGAAACAAAAGAGAGGCUCAGUGGAGUCUUUGGGCUCAUAGCUGUUAAGCUGUUGUGCUCAUAUCGUCAAUGAAUUUUAAAGCUUUUGUCACACUAAUGUGACAGUGAUCACAAUAGGUUACUUCACGGUUUUGUAACCAUUUUCUUUUUAUAUUUAAGUAUGCAGUAACUUUUGUACUGUACAUUUGCUGUAGUUUGAAUGCAUAUUGCACUUUUUAUGUUGGUUAAAAUACUGUACUGUAUGUGUUUAUUAUGGAAAUAAACAUUUCUUUUACAUAAU